GCUUGCUUGCGGCAACAGAUCAGAAAACAACGCCCUGCCAGAGUCUCCGUGGGCUCCAAACCUCAACCUGCAGCCGGAAGGGGAAGUGAAACCCGGCGGGAGGUGGGGGCCCGGCCGCCCGCCACCCCAGGAAGCACCGCGCCGCAGCCCCACGGACACACAGGGAACCGGCGCAGCGCCCGGCGGCCCGGACCAGGCCGAUGGCGGAGGCUCCGAACGACCCCGGCGUGGAGGAGCAGGAGGAGUUGCUGGGGCUCACCACCCAGUGGAGCGUGGAGGAUGCAGAGGAGGCCACCCGUGAGCAGCACUGGCGUGAGCGAGAUGGGCAGCCACAGGCCCAGGAUGAGGACGGAGGUGGCCAGUCCCUGGAGCGGCCGGAGCAGGAGACGCUCCUCGGCCUGGAGCCCUCAGAAGGCCCUGAACUGGACGAGGACGAGGGUUUUGGCGACUGGUCCCAGAAGCCGGAGCAGCGGCCGGGUGGCGGCGCCGGGGGUACCCCAGGCGGCGGGGAGCCCCCUCAGUGUGCCAGCCCCGGGGGCCAGCCAGAAGCGCAAAGGCCCUGCCCGCACGCCUGCGGGAGUGAGGAUGGGGACCUGCCCCCGGAGGAGGCCCCCCUGGAGGAGCCGGGUCUGAGCCAGGAGGGGCCCAGCCCGCCGGAGGCCGGCCAGGACACGCUGGGGGCGGCUGUGGAGGCUGAGGAGGCAGAGGAGGAGCGCCAGUCGUGCCGGCCGCCCAGGACGCCCAGCCCCUUGGGCUCACCCCCCCUGAGCCCCACCACCAAACUCGGCGACAGGACGGAGUCCCUGAACCGCUCCAUAGAGAAGAGCAACAGCGUGAAGAAGUCCCAGCCCGCCCUGCCCGUCGCCAAGAUUGACGGGCGGCUGGAGCAGUACACGCAGGCCAUCGAGAGCGCCGGCCGCGCCCCCAGGCUGGCCCGCCAGCCCUCCGUGGAGCUUCCCAGCAUGGCCGUCGCCAGCACCAAGAGUCUGUGGGAGACGGGAGAGGUGCAGGCGCAGUCCGCGGCGGCCAAGACCCCCUCCUGCAAGGACAUCGUGGCUGGAGACAUGAGCAAGAAGAGCCUCUGGGAGCAAAAGGGAGGCUCCAAGACCUCGUCCACAGUGAAGAGCACCCCGUCCGGGAAGCGGUACAAGUUUGUGGCCACCGGACACGGGAAGUACGAGAAGGUGCUGGUGGACGGGGGCCCGGCUCCCUAGACCCCGCCGGUGAGUCUGCGGCAGCCGCCAGAGCACGCCGUUCUGGGGAGGCGGCGGCUGCUCGUCCACGCUGCGGGCUCCAAGCCUGCCGGACCCCAGGGGCGGCUCCGUGUCCAGCCCCCUGCAGACGCG